AUGGGCAGCAACCACAGCGUGAAAAAAUCAAAGGAGAGGAAGACCAAAGCCAAAACGGCUGACUUCGAGACCCUGCAAAACAUUCGCGAUGCCCGUUUGGUCGAAUAUGGCAAGUCCAAAAAUACAAACAAGGUGUAUGCUGGACACAUUGCCCGGGGACGAAAGUUUCUGGCUGAUAUCGUCGCAGAGAGGGAGUUCAAAGGCAUUGAGAUUUGUGACAAGGGAAUCCCUACCAUUGAGCUUGCGAAAGCUUUCGACAAGCCGCCAAACCGUUACUCCGCUGUUGCACUCGAGUUCUUCCUUGUUCAAAAAGUAUUCACGGAGGAACUGUCGAAAAGCUCCGCAGAAGGAAUCCAAGGAGCAUUUGCAGACUACUGGGAUAAAAUGGAGGGACAGACCUAUGCUGGUGCCUAUUCCCUGGAUGAAACCACUGGGAAGGUCUCUGGAUGUCCAGCUCGAGCUCCAGCUAUCCACGAUUUGAUGAAAGCGGUGAAAACUAGGGCAGCUACAAAGGGGGCAGCUGCAACACGGAAGCAUGCCGAGGCCAUGUCACUCGAGGACCUGCAAAAAAUUAUGGACUGGUCAGAGGGAAGAUGCCCCAAUGAACUAUUUGAUAACGUGCCAUCCAAUCCUGAGUCCGUCGCCCUGCAUGGCCUCAUGCGGGCGUUGUAUCCAACGCUGUUCGUGUUGAUGCUAAGGUAUGACCGUAUGAGAGUUUACACAUGUCCAAUUUGGGAAUUUAGCUUGAUAUCACCUUUUAGGGUUUUCGAAGGCCUCUCUCUACAGUAUGGCGAUCUUACGAUGGGCUUGAAGGGACCUGCACCAUACCACUUCCCUUAUUUUGAGGUCCGGCUUGAAGAGCGUAAGAAUUGGCAGAAGCAAGCGGGCUAUGAUGGUCCACGCACAAGUGGCAUUUAUAAGAUCUAUCAGCAAGAUAUCGGUGCAAUGGACAUGUUUACUCACCUCCAACGCUGGUUGAAAUAUUUGGAGGGCCGCCUCGGCCGUAGUCUCGAGUCUAGUGACUUUAUCUUCCCCCAUAUCUCGCAUAAUGGCACCAUUGAUCCGAAGCGCACUAUGUCAUAUGACACGUUCCAGAAGCACCUCAGCGAGUUCGUGGCUGGUGCUGGCCUGACGAAGACCUACACGACGCAUUGCUUCCGAAGAGGUGGCGCUCAAUAUCGGUUCAUGUAUGCACCGAUUGGCCGUCGCUGGUCUUUGAGUAUUAUUCGAUGGUGGGGUGGGUGGGCCAAAGGCGAACAGGUCGACACAAUGAUAAAAUACCUUGUAGAUUCACUCCAAAGCUAUGAGACAGGUCACGGAAACGCGUUGUGCCCAAUCGCAGCGGAGGCCGAUAAAAGCUUCAUGGGCGAACACAUCAACCAGGCGCCACCCUCUACUGAGGAAAUCCGGCAGUGGAAAAUCUCGAUGGAUCGUUCUCUCGGAAACGCUGUUUCUGAGAUUGUUGGUCAGGUCACAGCUGCCUUGUCCGAAACUCGCCUUUCUGCAUCUCCCAGCCCUGAGCCUAAUCUGGAAUCCCCUCCGUCAAUGAGUGUGGGAGAGCCAAUGCCUCAGGAGCGAUCUUCGCUGCGCCGUGGUCACAGUGCUCGCCACUCUUCCAAUCCGUACUCUGCACAUGCGCCAAACCGCCGUACCUCGAGCAUACCCAGCCACUCUGAUGUCGAUAGCCUGGCAGGAGAUGCCCAAACUCAAAGCCCCUCGGACAGCCUGAAUUUUCCCAUUCCUGGUGUGGUGAUCCCUGAUGUGAAGAAUUGGCGUGACGUAGUUCAGCAGUGGGAGCUUGGUGAUGCAUCGGUAAUGGCUCUGAAAGAUUGGCCAAAGGAGUGGUAUCAGGGUGGGAUGAAAAGGUUUACCGGCUCCUUGUAUUCCCAGAGAAAGAUGAUCGCUAACGAAUAUGAACGGUGUGUGAUUUCUUCAUCGGCUCGCAUGCACAUCUGA